GCACAGCUCAGGGCAGAGGCCACGCCGCCCGGAGCGCGCCCGCCCCCUGCAGCCUGUGCUGCAGCCGCCGGCCGCCGGAGGGGGCGAACCCACGCCAACCUGUUGUUUGUCCCGGCACCAUCUAUCAGCGCUCAGCACCACAAGGAAGUGCAGCAGCCACAGGCUCGGAAAGUUCAGCAUGCAGGAAGUUCGCGCGCAGCUCGGCAACUAGUGCGGCGGCCGGCCAUCGCGGGGGAGCGCAGGCGGCACAGCGCGGCGGCAGCGGCCGUCCCUCCCGGGAGAUCGCCCGGGUUUUUCUCGGAGCAACGCCGUCCCUCCGUCUCCUAUCCCAAUGCACCGGCUCGCCCUCGUCUACACGCUCAUCUGCGCAAACUUUUGCAGCUACAGGGACGCUUUUGCAGCCCCGCAGAGCGCAUCUAUCAGAGCUUUGCGCAACGCCAACCUCAGGCGAGAUGAGAGCAAUCACCUCACAGACUUGUACCGGAGAGACGAGACCAUCCAGGUGACAGGCAACGGCCACCUGCAGAGCCCCCGCUUCCCGAACAGCUACCCCAGGAACCUGCUUCUGACAUGGCGGCUCCGCUCCCGGGACAAAACAAGGAUACAGCUGGCCUUUGACAAUCAGUUUGGAUUAGAGGAAGCAGAAAACGAUAUCUGUAGAUAUGAUUUUGUGGAAGUGGAAGAUGUAUCUGAAACCAGUACCAUUAUUAGAGGUCGAUGGUGUGGACACAAGGAAGUUCCUCCAAGGAUCACGUCAAGAACAAACCAAAUUAAAAUAACAUUUAAGUCUGAUGACUACUUUGUGGCUAAACCUGGAUUCAAGAUUUAUUAUUCUUUUGUGGAAGAUUUCCAACCCGCAGCAGCCUCAGAGACCAACUGGGAGUCCGUCACAAGCUCUAUCUCAGGGGUAUCCUAUCGCGCACCAUCAGUCACUGACACCGCCCUCACUGCGGAUGCUCUGGAUAAAACAGUUGCACAAUUUGAUACAGUGGAAGAUCUGCUCAAGUAUUUCAGUCCUGAAUCCUGGCAAGAAGAUCUUGAGAGUCUGUAUUUGGACACCCCUCAUCAUCGAGGCCGGUCAUACCACGACAGGAAGUCAAAAGUGGACCUGGACAGGCUCAACGAGGAUGUCAAGCGGUACAGCUGCACUCCCAGGAACUACUCAGUGAACCUACGAGAGGAGCUGAGGCUGACCAACGUGGUCUUCUUCCCGCGCUGCCUCCUGGUGCAGCGCUGCGGGGGGAACUGCGGCUGCGGCACUGCUAAUUGGAAGUCCUGCAAGUGUGCGUCAGGGAAAACGGUGAAAAAGUACCACGAGGUAUUAAAGUUUGAUCCUGGCCAUUUCAGGAGGAGGGGUAGAUCGAAGAACAUGGCUCUCAUUGACAUCCAGUUGGAUCACCAUGAGCGGUGUGACUGUAUCUGCAGCUCCAGGCCACCUCGAUAAGAGAAUCUGCAUGUGCACUAAGCAUGAAAGAUCCUUUUGUUUAAGGGGGUGACACAGGUGACCCCUUUCCUACCAGCAGCCGAACUUACUGCUAGCCUGCAAAGCAAUGAAUACAAGUGGUUGUUGAGUUUCAGCCUCGCUUUGUUAGUUGUCAUGGCAAGCAGAAAGGUAUAUCAUCAACCUCCAUAUGCAGAAUAUAGAAUUGCAUUUAAUAAUAGUGUCUGAAGAUGUAUCCAUGUCUACAUGUAAAUGGCCAAAUGGUUUAUGCAGAGCUUACGUAAGGGUGAGUCAUUUAGCUCCUUAAAAUCUUUUGACAAAAUAAGGAACAUAGUAAAUACAUGAAACAUGUCUUUGCAAUAUUUGGGAAUGUUAAUUUAUUUUUAAAUUCUGAGUCACAAAACAAUUUUUCAUCUUGCUCUUUUAAAGAAAGCACCUUAUAUAUUAAAAACCAAAAGAUGAGUUUUUCUUAUAUAUACAUCUUACCUAUUAAAAAAAAAAAAAGGAAAAUAUGGUUUCUGGGGAAAAGGCACAAACCAAACCAUGUUUUUUUCAUGAGAUAAACUACAUACUUACCUAUGGAGACAGUAAUUACCUGUCUCCAAAAGCAUGCCAUGAUAAGACAGGCGCUUUGGGAAUUAAGUCAUUAAGUCUCCUUUUGGUGCAUCUUGCUGAAGCAUGCAAAUUUAUUUAACACCAGGCUCAAAGAAUUGUCUCAGAAGGUUUAUUAUCGUAAUCCUACAAGAUGCAAUUUAUAAGCUGUAGUGCAAAUUUUAAUUGUUUCUUUCCAGAAACCCUUCUGCAGAAGUAACUUCUCUGCAGAAUGGCCUCGGGACUGUGCAUGAGCCUUUCAGAAUAAUGUUCAUUGAAAGAUUUUGGUAGUUGGAAGUCAAAAAAUUCAGCAUUGAAAUAUUCCCCUUACUGGAAAUCUGAUGGAAUACUUGAUAGGACCCAUAUUUAAUAAUGAAUUCAAACUCUUCAAACUAUGCUAAUUGAUUUUAUGUAUAUUGCUUUUGUAUUCCUAUCUCUUCCAUAUACAGACAUGGAUUUACAAUGGCAUUUUCUAUUUGGGAAGCCGUCAUGGAUUGCUUACAGCCUAAAAGCUUUUGUGUAUUAAAACAACCCAAAGUUAUUUAUAUAAACCCCUAAUCAUGUACACACUCCCCAUCUCUGAAGUCCUGUUUCUGAACCAAGUGAAAUCCGAACUGGGGUCUCUAGUUCUUUUUCAAAUCUACGGGGCUUAUUCUGAGAAGCCACUCUGCACAUUGUGGGACAAGACGUUGGCCCAGUUCCACCACUAGGAAACCGUCUCUGCAUCAGUGGUUAUCACUGCUAUGCAGAGCAAUUUUUUCUCUCUGGCUCCUUACUGUCUAUUUGAAGGGAGACUGACUCCAGGAGUAGGAAGUGAUUCAUCAUUCUCUGAAGCAAGACUCUUAAGAAAGCAACCCUGAAAUCAAGAUAGCUUAGGGGCACCUCAGAGAGAACUAUGUUUUUCUUGCUGCCUUGAACGAAGAAAGGAGAGCCACUUUUUUCCCUGAGUCCAGGACCCUACUGACUAGACCCUAUCUGAGUGAGGGGUAUAUGACAGGUGCUUGUGAAGUCCCCGUGUCAAAUGUGUGACCACAUCUAUUUAGCAUGUUAAGCAUCAUGCCCUCAGGACCAAAUCCUCAGCUGUCCUUAGCUCAUUUCUUCUCAGCUCUUUAAAAAGAAAGGCCAAUGCUUUUUGAAAACACACCUUCAGCAUGUGCCCAGGGGAAUGAGUGGGAAGAUGAAAUGGAGAUUGGUCUCUUGUCCAAAAUCCUAGCAUGCAAUCAGCAACAGCUGAGACAGACAUCCCUCUUCCCCUUUGUGACCAUUUGCAAGUUUCCUAUGAAACUGGCGGGUUCCUGUACCAACACCGAAAUGCAUUAUGGCACGCUCUCUUGUUCUGCUUACAUCAUGUCUGUAAGUAGGAAAAAUGAGAGUGUUUUACCCAAUUUUCAAUAAACCUUCCAGGCCUGGAGCCAGUGAUAGCCCUACCUGCGCUUCUUAUCUGUUCGAUAAAAUGUGAGCAGGCAGAUCCACUCACUUUUCCUUUUUCUUUCCUCGGUGUUUUAUUACAGCGUCUCCCUUGGUUAUCUGUUGCCUAUUGUAUUUCCAAUAAAUCUGUUUCAUUGCCAUCAAAGGCAUAAAACACUCACCAUACAAAGUGCAUUUCAAAACCCUAAUAAAUGCACCUGAAAUAAUGCCUUUCACUCAAUACGUUCUUAGAGGACAAAACAUUUCCAAAAGUAGGAUCCUUGUUUUUGUCAUAUUGGUAACAUGAAGCU